AUGAAGACAGCCAUCGUCUACCGUGGAUCCAGCGCUUGCGGCAAUUGCUCCGAGAGUGUCGGCAGACUCCUCAUGAAUUCCCCUUACCACUUCAACGUCACGUAUGCUGGACCGGACGAAGAAGUGGACCUCAGCCCCUCUCUUCUCUCUAAAGCCGAUCUCUACGCAUAUCCUGGUGGACCAGCACAAGAGACUAAGAAUGAUUUCACAGAUCUUGACGAAGCUUGGGAUGAGCUCAAAACGCAUGCGAAGACGAUAAGAGAAUUUGUCAACGGCGGCGGUCGGUACAUAGGAUUCUGCCUGGGAGCCUAUCUUGCUGGGAAGUCGGUACUCGAUCUUAUGCCCAGCGGUAUCGACGUCGGAUCCGAAAUACUGCAAGACAAAGCACAGGUUAACGACGACCGAGAUACCACGAUUCAAGUCGAUUGGAAGUUCAAUGCUAGCACUGGUAGCCCAAAAUUGGAGAAGGCAAGAUGGGCGUACUUCCAAGAAGGCGCAACGAUGCUAGGCUUCAACGACUCUGACCGUGGAAUUGUUGCUAGAUACUCUGCCAACCAGAAUGUCGCUGCCUCAGUCACGCCGUACGGUAAAGGCUUUGUUGGUCUUGUUGGGCCCCAUCCGGAGGCCUAUGAGUUGUGGUGUAAGUUGUACUUCCGGGCUAAGCCCGCAGCUUUGCUAACAAUCUCUCAAGAUGAGGACGCUGAGAUCAAAAACCCUGAGGGGAUUCGAACGGAUCUCGGAUACGACUUUGUGAAAUCCACUAUUGACGGCAUCCCAGCUAGCAGCAACAUACCAGGUAAUAGUUGUUCUUAA